AUGAGCGGCGACGUCAUGCAGGAGAGCGGCGAGAAUGGCAAGGAGAGCGCGAGCGGAGUGACAGAGCAGGGGGAGAUGGAGAUUGAGGAAAUCUGCCUAAAAGACAAAAUAAUUGAUUCGUGGGCGCCGCUGGAGCUAAAGAAGAAACUCUUGGGUAAGGAAUACUCCUUGGACGAAGUUAUUGAAGCGUGCCAGGUCGAGGAACAAAUAAGCAAACAAUCUGAAGCCAUGCUGACGAAACCCAUCACUAGCGAUUCAAUCAAUAAAAUUACUGCUCGGAAAAUAAGGCCAAAUCUGGAGUGUUCGAGAUGUGGUCGAAUGGGGCAUGCAAAUAGCGAUUUCUCCUGUCCGGCCCGAGCAGCUAAAUGUAACAAAUGUUCCAAGAUAGGUCAUUUUGCACGACAAUGCAGAACAACACAAUAUGCUCAGCCGAAACACGAAAAUAGGAAGCGCCGCCGAAAUGAUAUUCGUUGUGUGGAAGACGAGAGCGCUGAUCCCAAACGGAAGAAGGAAUGUGCGAAUUGUUUUAAGAUCUACAGCGACGAAGAAGAAGAACUCAUAAACUGCCAAAUAGGGGGUCACAACAUUGCUCUCAUUAUUGACUCUGGAUCGAAAUUUAACCUUAUUAGUCAAUCGGAUUGGGCAAGGAUUAACAAGGAACCUACAGCAAUCUUCAACAUUAGAUCACAUUCUCAGAAACAAUUUCGAGGAUAUGCUUCUGAACAAUUACUUGAAGUAAUUUACGUUUUUGAAGCGCCGAUAUCAGCUGUGCCGAAUGUCGAGGUGAUUGCAACAUUUUUCGUAAUUAAAAAUGGACGGCAGUCGCUACUGGGCCGAGAGACCGCCAUUAAGCUGAACGUUCUUCGGCUAGGUCUAGAUGUCAAUCGAGUGGAAAUGACCACGCCAUUCCCUAAAUGGAAAGGGGUUAAAAUAAAGCUAUGGAUUGACCCCAAAGUCAUUCCAAUUCAGCAGCCAGUUCGAAGAAUCCCGGUGGCACUCGAGGAAAAAGUUGCCGCUAAGCUGGAAGAGAGUUUAAGUCGGGACAUCAUCGAAUCAGUUACAGGUCCGAGCUCGUGGAUAUCCCCCAUUGUCCUGGCUUUUAAGGAAAACGGCGAUAUUCGGCUGUGCAUUGACAUGCGUCGUGCGAAUAAGGCCAUUCGACGAGAAAAUUAUCCACUACCGACCUUUGAGUCUUUUAUGCCCAAGCUAAAGGACGCAAAAUACUUUUCGCGCUUAGACCUAAAAGACGCUUAUCACCAGCUGGAACUGGACGAAGCCAGCAGAGAAAUUACGACGUUCAUAACACCAAAAGGACUCUUUCGGUACAAGCGGCUGAUGUUCGGAAUUAACUCUGCUCCAGAAAUUUUCCAACGUCACCUCGAGCAGCUAUUAGCACCCUUUACUAAUGUCAUGAAUUAUAUUGACGAUGUAAUAAUCUUUGGAGCUAGCGAAGAAGAACAUGACAAGACUGUAAAAGAGGUUUGUAACACAUUUAAAGAAAGCGGCGUUUUACUAAACGAUCAGAAGUGCAUCUGGAAAACAAACAAACUCAAGUUCCUUGGUCAUAUUAUUUCUGACGAGGGAAUCGAAGUGGACCCGGAUAAAAUUAAUGUGAUUAGAAUGUUUCGAGAACCACUUAACAAGGAAGAGACUCGGAGUUUCCUAGGUUUGGUGACAUACGUGGGAAAAUUUAUCCCAGACCUGGCAGAUUACACGGAUCCGCUGAGAAAAUUACUGAGGAAGGACUCGAAAUUCAGCUGGGGCGAAACAGAAAGAGAUGCUUUUCGGAACUUAAAGGAUCGACUGGAAAAAGUACCAAACCUUGCAUACUUCAACCCGCUAAAUCGAACUCGCCUAAUAGCAGAUGCCAGUCCUGUAGCACUUGGAGCGGUGCUGUUGCAGUUCUCUGUAAAUGCGGACCCCUUAAUUAUUUCAUUCGCUAGUAAAGCUUUGUCGGACGUUGAGAGACGUUAUUCUCAAACGGAGAAAGAAAGUCUGGCUCUAGUCUGGGCUGUUGAGAAAUUUUACUUUUACUUAGCAGGACUUCAUUUCGAGCUAGUGACAGAUCACAAACCGUUGGAGGCCAUUUUUAAACCGACAUCGAGACCUCCUGCGCGCAUAGAAAGAUGGUUGCUACGGCUACAGUCCUUUGAUUUUAAAGUAGUCUACAAAGCGGGAAAAGAGAACAUCUCCGACGCCCUAUCCCGACUUUGUCCGUUAUCAGCAUCCGACUCUGGUGAAAAAGAAAUGGAUUGUAGCAUAUUACAAGUGAUCGAGAACAGCAUUCCCCAAUCAAUGACUAUCUCGGAAAUCGCAAAGCAUUCGGUAAAGGACGAAGAAAUUAUCGAUGCAAAGGCCUGUCUGGAGUGCGACUCGUGGAAACCAGGAUCCCUAAAACUGCUGUACCCAUUUCGAUUUGAGUUAUCAGCAAUAGGACCCCUUCUUUUGCGAGGUAACCGAAUUGUUAUUCCUCAAUCACUUCGGAACCAAGUGCUUGAGCUGGCUCACGAAGGACACCCGGGGGAGUCAGCUAUGAAAAGGCGUUUGCGAUCCAAGGUAUGGUGGCCUCUAAUUGAUCGUGAUGCAGAGAACUAUGUCAAACGCUGCAGAGAUUGUCUUCUGGUCUCCCAAUGCCCUAGGCCAGCACCAAUGGAUAGGAACCCAUUUCCAACAGGUCCAUGGAUUUGGGUAGCAUCAGACAUAUUGGGGCCCCUACCAAACAACGAGUUUGUUAUAGUGUUUAUUGACUACUAUUCCCGCUAUAUGGAAUUAGGCUACCCAAAAUACUUAAAAACUGACAAUGGACGGCAGUAUAUAAGUCAAGAAUUCGAGGAAUACUGCAAAACUUGCGGUAUAGAACAGGUGAAGACUCCACCCUAUUGGCCCCAGGCUAAUGGGGAAGUGGAAAACAUGAAUCGGUCUUUGGUCAAACGGUUAAAGAUAGCACACUCUAAUUCAAAGAAUUACAGGGAAGAAAUCCAGAAAUUUGUACUCAUGCACAACGUUACUCCACAUGGCACAACAGGAGUAGCCCCCACCCAACUAAUGUUUAAUAGGGUUAUCCGCGACAAGGUUCCAUGUAUAGGUGAUAUUGAUGAAAAGGUUUCAGACUCGGCCGAAAGGGACAGGGAUUGUAUGUUAAAAGAAAAAGGAAAGGAAGAGGCAGAUAAGAAGAGGGGAGCACGGGAAGCCGUGAUAAUCGUAGGGGAUAAAGUACUCUUGAAAAAUGUAGUGUUUCCUAGUAAGUUAACUCCGAACUUUAAGGAUACGGAAUUCGAGGUUGUUGAAAAAGACAGAAACAUAGUUAAAAUUAGGGCAGGGGGUAGGACUCUCACGAGGAAUGUAUCGCACCUCAAGAAAAUACCAAUCAACGCAAGUCACCUGGAUACAUCUGGACCCUCAUCGUUAAGCAGCCCUCAACCGAAGAUGACAUCUACUCAGGAUCACCAAGACGUCGAAGAAGGAAUAGGUCAUCGGCUUAGACAGUCCCCAGAAGAUUUGGCUCCUUUGGCUGCCCCAUCCUUGAAGCUAAAACUUGUCAAUAAAGGAGGGAUGUGGGAGCCGGCAAUGAGCGGCGAUGUCAUGCAGGAGAGCGGCGAGAAUGGCAAGGAGAGCGCGAGCGGAGUGACAGAGCAGGGGGAGAGUUAG